GUACUGUAAUUAGUUGGAAACCUGCUCCGAGCUCAUUUUGGGCUUCGGUUUCCUUUUGUGUGUUUUCCUGUAGUUACCGGGCCUUCUUCAAUCAUUAGUUUUUGUUAUUUUGCUUGUAGCCCAAGGCUAAACCCAGCGCCCCCGCUGGUUUGAUAUGCCACCCUAUCUGUACUGGAAGAAAGUGCGUAGUUCCCUUUGAGUUGUACCCGCAUUAGUAUUAUUGAUUUUGAAAAACAAUGAAUGACACCUGACCUUAGCCAUCACCUCCGUGACUGGUGCAUAAGGGACUGCGGUACAUCAUGCCAGCAUUCCAGGAAAAUAGUACUGACGAGCAAAAGGUCGGUCAGUUCAUUGACUGGGUGCUUCGCAAUCGCCUGGAGCUGAUCCAGGAUGGUAUCGCUAGCUAUCCACGACUACGCACUGGACAGUACUUGGUCAACUGCAGGGUGAACGAGAGUCAAGGCGGUCCACUGCACAUUGCGUGCCGGUACAACUUUGCCAGGGUGGUGGAAUUCCUGCUCAAGCAGCCGCAUGUCGACGUCAACCUUCGCACUCGUUUGGACGAGACACCACUGCACGUGGCCGCACAGUUCAACCAUGUUGCCUGCAUCGACCUACUGUUGAAGUCACGACAGACGGACCGCGCUGCUUUGAACAAGUCUGGUAGAACGGCGCUCCACGACGCAGUGUUUGACAACCGUACACCCGCUGUGGCUGCACUUGCUCAAGAAGUGCCAGACAUUAUGUGGAAGGGUUCAUUUGCACUACACACAGCUGUGUCUCGUGGGUAUGCUGGAGUACUGCAGGCCUUGUCGGAUGCUAAGUAUCCCAUGGAAAAGCUAAACUCAACGGGCUUGACGUGUUUACACUUAGCUGUGACAUUGAAACAAACGGAGUGUGUUCACGUGUUGACUGAAACUCUGCACAUGGAUCCCACCAAGCCUACCAGUCCGACGAAGUCAUCGCAACAAGCGCUGACAUUACUAGCACUGGCACGCAAGAGUGGCAAUGCCGGUCUUCUCAAGAUGAUCCAAGACUACUGUGCGAAAUGGUCGCUGUGGCAGUCUCAGCUCAACGAACCGUCUCAGAAACCAGCCGUGUGUAAGCUGUACUUGCUUGGCAACGAACUGGUCGGCAAGUCAGCACUGCUGGACAGCAUGAAGCGAUCCCGUCUCGAACAGCUUGUCCAUCAGAGACAGUUUACCGAUGAUGAAGCAGAGCGAACGUCUGGAGUCAACAUCGUCGAGUUAUUUCAGACCUUCAGCUGCUGGGACUUUGCUGGGCAAAUUGACGAUUAUGUCACACACGAUUUCUUCCUCGUCUCGAGCAAUAUCAUCUUCCUGGUCUUGAUCAGUCUCACGGACACGCUGGACAAACAGCGAUCUCAGCUGAUGCAGUGGUUGCGUGUCAUCAAGACUUGCUAUCGCGGUGCUGUUGAUCUGGAUGGAAGACGCCGCAGCACAUCCAAUGCCGCCUCACUGGCAUUGCUUAGCAUCGUGAGGGCACCGGUGGUUAUUGUGCACACGCAUCGCGACAUGAUCUCCGACUAUGAGUUUGGACAGCGAGUGAGGGCGCUGAAGAAUAUGGCGGCCGAAGUGCGGCAGCUCUUCCACGACUUCUUGCACAUUGACGAAGAGGUGAUUAUGAUGGAUGCUACGGACUGUGGAACUCCUGAAAUGACGCUGCUGAAGAAAACACUUAACCAUUGCCGUGACAACCUACUUCGGGACCAGCCACCAGCGCGUAAGAUCUGCGAUGACAUUGCCGUGGCUCUGGCUGGCAAGCGUGACUGCUACUCCGGUGCUAAGAGUGUGAUGUCGUUCCGCCAGUAUUCCCAGUUUGUUCACGACAACGUCAAUCCGCUCAUCAGCGUCGAUGACCUGCGCACGGUCACCAUAUCUCUGUCAGCUACAUCCACUUUGUUCUUCCACAAAGACAUGCAAGACACGGUGGUACUGGACCCACGGUGGCUGUGUGGAGAUCUGCUCGGUGUAUUGCUGUCGCCGCAGAAGUUUGAGAAGACGCUUAUUCGUGCCGACCCGCACGGCAUCAUCCAGAAAGCUGAUCUCUACGAGGCCUUCCCUGACCUGCAGCCCAAGAAACUGGACACACUGAUGGAGUUCUUUCAGCUGUGUAUUCCCGUCGAAGACAAUGACCAGUGCAUGCUGCUGCCGUCACUGAUAGUUGACAAUCGCAUGCCUGACGAGCGUGUACCAAGUGAUAUCUGGCAGGAGACGGAGCCAGGAGAAAUGGUGGCCAUCGGGCGACGCUUUGUGUGUGUCACCGACUUGGACAUCUUUUCACCGGGGUUUUUCCCUCGAUUGCAGGUGCGUGCCUGGAAGAUUCACAAGCCUGGCUCCAAGUGGAGACUGUGGAAAGGAGGAAUGUACAUGUGUUCCCCAGUUGGUGAGAGACAGGAAAUGAAGCAGGAGCUACUCAUGCAGAUCUGGGAUGCGCGCCAGAUCGACAUAAUUGUGCGUGUGCCCGCGGAGAACGCAAAGAUAUUGACGGAGCAGCUUGGCUUUGUUCACAUGUGCAUGGAGAACGCUAUCAGAGCGUUCUCGUCUUCAAUCCGCCUGCAGCUGCUUGCACUGAGCGGGCACGACCUGUGCCGCAAACACGCCGGUGGUACCUACCGUUACGCGUACCCCAUCAAGGAAGUGUGCCUGGCCGAGCGUGGCAAUCGUAUGAUGCUGCAUGCGAGUGCCGGUGAGGAAGACCCUGUACAGCUGCUGCACGCCGGCAUUAAGUCCCACAGCUUUGCUGCCAAACAGUCCAGUGCUCACGUCAUGUAUCUGGAUGAACAGUGUCUAGAGGAGUUGAAUGAUGCUCUGAACAAACACGAUAUGGACACUGGUAGCUGGCGCAACCUUGCCCAGGUGCUAGACCUCGGGGAUAUGAUUGAGAUAUUCGCCGUCCAGCCCAGCCAGGCCACACUGCGUCUCAUGGAGCGCUACACGAUCUCACCGCGCGCCAGCAUCCGCGACUUCCGGCGCAUGCUCUCCACCAAGGUGGGCAACGUGGCGGCAACCAGUGCAGUGACGCGUUGCAUCACUCGCAUGUGCCCGUCGUCGUAGAGUGGGUAUGGCUGGUGUGUGUUGCAUCACUGCCAUGUGUCCAUCGUCUUAGUGAGUACGGCCCGUAUGGCUGUAUUGCACUACAGUCAUUGUGUGCAUCGUCUUAGAGUGGGUACCUCUCGUAUGUGUUACGUCACUCGCAUGUGAGCAUCGUCUUAGCGAGCAUGUGUUACACUAGCAGAUCAACUUAGCUCAUGACUUGUCACUCCACUUGCAGCCCUGUGGAUACCCUGUACCUGCUCUCCGCUGCUGCCACUGUGACUGCUGAAUGUAGAAUAGACACAGGCCAGCAGGCUUUGUGUGUUCCAGAUAGCACACACGUAUGGAUGGUGUGUUCUGUCGCGAUUGAACCCCCCGAUUUCAAACCGGACUUCUUGCUGUACUGCCUCUCACUUUCUGAUCCUGUGUGUUGUAGAAUCCCCCUGGCAUCCAGAAACCGAAUUUGUUUGCUUUUUUUAAGAAUUCUUUUGUAAAUGGAGGAAUGUCUUUCUUCCCGUCGGCUGGAUCCCGAUUUUCAGUUUCUUCACUGCUGAAGUAUUUAUCUCUUCUCUCAGAAUAUAAUUAUAUUCUACUGCAGUUGUGGCAGCAGCAGGCUCAUGCCACUGUGGAGAAUGUUGUUCUUUUUUUGCUGGACCUUGAGAAAAUUAGAUUUCUUUGCAACACUAUCUGAUAUUAUGCAUUCAUGAACUUUUGUUCUUCUUUUUAAGACACAAUUUCCUGCUCUCAUUUAUCUGCACAAGUGCGUGCCCGCACACAUGCACACACACACACACACGCACACACACAGAGUACUGCUAUGGGCAUUGCGUGUGUUGAAAUAUGGAACAAACUCAUGUAUUCGUAAAUAUUCACAUAGUAUAUCGAUAAACAAGAAGAAGACACCCUAGAAUGUUGCACAAAUCUACUAAAUCAAGUGCUAAUUUGGCUACUGUGAAGUAAAUAGAAUGGCUGGAAGAGUUA